AUGUCUGCGCCCGACAAGUUCGGCAAUGAUAUCGAAUCCGAAUCGGAUUCUGGUAACGAAUCCCAGAACGAGGGUCUUGACGAUGGCGUUGAGGAAUUAGACCAAAAGCCUCUCAAGUCGGCAUUGAAAAAGACACCUUUAGCCCCCCCGGUUCCCGUCCAACGACCUACUCUUCCUCCUCAGACCGAUGCGAAAGACCUCGAUCUCAACUCGCUGACCCCGCUCACUCCCGAGAUCAUCGCGCGGCAGGCCACCAUCAACAUUGGUACCAUCGGACACGUCGCUCACGGAAAAUCGACCGUUGUGAAGGCCAUAUCUGGUGUCCAGACUGUUCGUUUCAAGAACGAGCUUAUCCGGAACAUUACCAUCAAGUUGGGAUACGCAAAUGCCAAAAUAUAUAAAUGCGACAACCCUGAAUGCCCACGACCUGGAUGCUACCGGAGUUACAAGAGCGAGAAGGAGGUUGACCCUCCUUGCGAACGUGAUGGUUGCAGCGGCACCUACAGAUUACUGCGCCACGUUUCUUUCGUGGACUGCCCUGGUCACGAUAUUCUCAUGAGUACCAUGUUGUCAGGAGCCGCAGUCAUGGACGCUGCCCUCCUACUUAUUGCUGGCAACGAAUCUGUCCCCCAGCCGCAAACAUCAGAGCAUUUGGCAGCUAUUGAAAUUAUGAAGCUAGACAAGAUCAUCAUUCUACAGAACAAGGUCGAUCUUAUGCGGGAAGAAGCUGCCCAACAACAUUACCAGUCUAUCCUGAAGUUCGUCCGUGGAACACCUGCUGCCAAGUCACCAAUCAUUCCUAUCUCCGCCCAGCUUAAGUUCAACAUUGACGCUAUCAACGAAGCCAUCGUAAAUACCAUUCCCGUGCCAAUCAGAGACUUCACUCAGGAGCCUCACAUGAUGGUCAUCCGAUCCUUCGAUGUCAACAAGCCAGGUGCUGAAAUCGAAGAAUUGAAGGGUGGUGUAGCAGGUGGCAGUAUCCUUCACGGAGUGUUGAAGCUGGGAGAUGAGAUUGAGAUCAGACCAGGUAUUGUGACUCGAGACGACAAGGGUGCCCUGCAAUGCAAGCCCAUCUGCAGCCGCAUCGUUUCCCUAAACUCUGAGUUUAACGAUCUUAAGUAUGCUGUACCCGGUGGUCUGAUCGGUGUUGGUACGCGUAUUGAUCCUACUCUCUGCCGAGCCGACCGUCUAGUCGGUUUCGUUCUUGGUCUCAAGGGUCGUCUACCUGCUAUCUAUAGUGAGAUUGAGGUCAACUUCUACCUCCUGAAGAGACUGCUUGGUGUCCGUACUGCCGAUGGCAAGCAAGCCAAGGUAGCCAAGUUAACCAAGAAUGAAGUUCUGAUGGUGAACAUUGGUUCUACUUCUACUGGUGCCAAGGUCGCCGCCAUCAAGCAGGAUGCUGCCAAGCUGUCGCUUACUAGUCCUGCUUGCACAAACUUGGGAGAGAAGAUCGCCCUUAGCCGAAGAAUCGAAAAGCAUUGGCGUCUUAUCGGCUGGGCCACCAUCACAGCCGGUGUUACUGUGGAGCCAAUCGAGUCGUGA